CCGGGCUCAGCGCCUUCGGGAACAAAUCAAAAAGUUGAGAUGGGUUUGCCAUCGGCAUCAAGUAUGUGUUCAAACAUUGGUCCUCCAAGAGCGCUCUCAUACUUCACAGCGUCCUUUUCAGUUUUCCUUACAAUUUUAACCAUUCCUGGAAACUUUCUCGUCUGUUUGGCCAUCAUAAAGGAUCCUUUCAGAAACUUGAAAACACCAUUUAACUAUUUCCUGCUGAGUCUAGCGGCGACAGAUCUGGUUGUGGGAACGAUUAUGGAUCCAGUUUCAAUUGCUUUUCACACCAGCGAAGCGCUUCAACUUGACAUUGUAGACAUCAAAAUCUUACAUAUUCUAUACUUCAUCUUAUGCACGGCGUCUAUUUUAACACUCAUGGCGCUUACUGUGGAUAGAUAUGUGGCCGUAUCGUCGCCAGUGAAGUACAAAACAAUGGUUACCUCCAAGCGCGCUAUUGUAACAUCCAUAUCAAUUUGGGUGGCAGCGCUGGGGUUUUCCUUUGUAUACUUUGAACUGGGUUUCAUAUUCUACUCCUUUAUUUUUGCAAACACUGCUGUUCUCAGCACGUUUGGGGUUCUAAUCUUUGUUCAUGUAGGAAUACUUAAAAGACUGCGACAGAGAUCGAGAUAUUGGCGAAAAAGGAGAGUAGGGAAGGGUACGGAAUCUGAUGAACAGGUCGAACAGGAGAGCCAAAAAAAUCUUGUCAUUACAAAGAAGGACAGCAAGGCAGCCAAAGCAUUGAUGAUUGUGCUUCUUGCAUUUUUUGCUUCGUUCACGCCAGCCUGUGUUAUGAUUUAUUUGUUAAAUUUUUGCUCCGGCUGUAGUUGUGUGUUGAUCCAUUGGUUGCGGGAUUUGCAAUUCUUAAUUGUGUUAUGUAAUUCUGGUAUUAACCCUUAUCUAUACGCAUGGAGGCUUCCUCAGUUCAAAAGAGCUUUCUACAAAUUUCUGCGUAUCAAGACACGUGCUAAGAUAAGUGACAUUACUACAACAUCAGUUCACGCCGCUGGCAAGCGAGAAACUAGCCAAAUACCUAAAACUAGCGGAGAAGACGAAAAGAUUUCACCCGUUUAAUAAAACUUAACAAUCAUAACACACUCUCCAAGAAAGUGUCCUUUCUUACAUGGAUCCCGGCGUAUAUAUUUGACAGUUUCUAAACUGAUAAUUUUACGAGUAAGGAGAUUUAAUUAGUCCAAAAGAGAUAAUCUUAUGAGCUUUCAAUGUAUUUUUUUUUUCGAUGUUAUGAAAAUAAAUGUUUAUAAUUAAGUGGAUUGCGUAAACUCUUCGUCUCAGAUAUCAAUUACCAUUACCACUUAGAAAGGACCAUCGAACUGAGUGAUAUAUUUGUUUCCGGGCCGGAUUUCGAACGAUAAAUCAAACUUUAGAUUUGUCUCUUCAUUUUAUCUGCAGAGAUUAGAUGAAGUAGGUAACAAGUGUACCCAUGUGUAGUCCACCACACAAAGCGUUGUAAUGAAUUAUGAUGUGGAAUGUACGAACCCCAAAUCACCGUCAGAUCAGUCCACAAACAUUGCUAAACAUAUUAGUGACGAUUAUGUGAAUAGCAUAAGACCUCCGCACACAGUUCUUUGAGCGGCGAGACAAACUGAAAUGAUUUCUGCAAUGUUGUCUUUUAGUUUCAUCAUUCUCAGUGGUUGCUUGUGAACAGCUUUAACUGCCAGUGCAACAUUACCCGCUGCUCGAAAUAUAGAAAUCUAGCUAGCUUCUAUGACUUGAAAAAAAUAAAACUUCAGAGAUAAAAUUUCAUAAUAAUAAUUGGAUUGUAGGUGCAGGAAAUAUUAAAGACAUGGUAUUAAGUUGCAUUAUUUAAAGCACCAAUGUGGUGUGUGUAUGAAAUUUAUCACAAUAGUUGGUGUAAGAUUUCGGAAAACCUGCGGAUAUGUCAAUUCUGUUUCCUAGUUUGUAGUAUUUUGUUUUUUGUUCAGUUAAAACAGGCGACAAGAAAUUAUAUGA